AUGGCCACGGCAGUUUUCAAGAACAUCUCUCCAAUUCCGGACGUGAACACGUUCUUGGAUGUCGUUCUUUCUCGUACCCAAAGAAAGACGCCUACGGUCAUUCGAUCUGGCUUCAAGAUCUCUCGUAUCCGGGGUUUCUACGGCAGAAAAGUAAAAUUUACCCAGGAUACCUGUACUGAAAAACUGGAUGGUAUUCUCCAAGAGUUCCCUAGACUUGAUGACAUCCAUCCUUUUCACGCAGAUUUACUCAAUAUUCUUUAUGACAGAGAUCAUUUGAAGAUUGCUUUGUCACAGCUUUCAACCGCAAAGCACUUGAUUGAAAAUGUUGCUCGUGAUUAUAUUCGUCUUUUAAAGUAUGGUGAUAGUCUUUAUCGCUGUAAACAACUCAAGCGUGCCGCUUUGGGUCGUAUGGCUACAAUCAUUAAGCGCCAAAAGUCUUCAUUGGGAUUUUUGGAACAAGUACGUCAGCAUAUGUCGCGUUUGCCUUCAAUCGACCCUAAUACUCGUACCUUGUUGGUAUGCGGAUAUCCCAACGUUGGUAAAUCUUCUUUUAUGAACAAGAUCACUCGUGCCGAAGUCGAUGUACAGCCUUAUGCUUUCACGACCAAGUCUCUUUUCGUUGGCCAUUUUGAUUACAAGUACCUUCGUUGGCAAGUCAUUGAUACUCCAGGUAUCCUUGAUCAUCCUUUGGAGCAGAUGAACACCAUUGAAAUGCAAUCCAUCACUGCGAUGGCUCAUCUUCGUUCUGCCGUUUUGUACUUCAUGGACCUUUCAGAAAUGUGUGGUUACAGCAUUGCUGCUCAGGUCAACUUAUAUCACAGCAUUAAGCCUCUCUUUGCCAACAAGCUUACUCUUUUGGUUGUUAACAAGGUGGAUGUUACGAAACCCGAAGAUUUGGACCCUAAAAGCCAAGAGAUGAUUCAAUCCAUUUUGGCAGAUGGAAAUGUACAAAUGGUUCAAACAAGUUGUGUCAGCGACACGGGUGUGAUGGACGUCCGUAACAAUGCAUGUGAAGCUCUUUUAGCUGCACGUGUUGAACAGAAGCUCAAGGGAUCACGUGUUAACAAUGUUCUGAAUCGUAUUCAUUUGGCAGAACCCGCAGCCCGUGAUAGUGUUAAUCGACCGGCAGUCAUUCCCGACGCUGUCAAAAACCGUCGUGCUUAUGAUGAGAAAGACCCCGCCCGCCGUAUUCUUGCCCGUGAUAUCGAAGCUGCUAAUGGUGGUGCUGGUGCAUUUAAUGUUAACUUGCGUGACAAGUACUUGCUUAGUAACCCUGAAUGGAAAUACGAUCGUGCUCCUGAAUUGUUGGAUGGUAAGAACGUCGCCGAUUAUAUCGACCCUGAAAUUGAAGCCAAGCUUGCUGCUAUGGAAGAAGAAGAAGAACGCGUGGAAAAUGAAGGCUACUAUAACUCGGAUGAAGAUGUUCCCGAUGAAAAUGAGGAACAUGUUCUUACCGCGGCUGAUAAAAUUCGUGAGAAAAACAAACUCAUUCGAAUUGCUGCUCGUAAUAAAAAGAUCAAGAAUCGUCCCAUGUUGCCUCGUACUGCUGGUGUUCGCACUUUGGAUCAGUUGGAGUCUUCAUUGGAAAAUGCUGGUCUUCCUUCUGACGCAAUUGGUGAGCGUGCUCGCUCACGCGCUCGCUCGGGAGCUGCCCAAGAAUCUGCUCGUUUGUCUGGUGCAGACAUAGUUAUGCAGGAGGGACCCGAAGUACGCGCCAAAUCUGUUGCUCCCCGCUCACAGAGCAACAGACGUGAAGCAGGUUUGCAUUCUGAAGGAGGACGUUCUUAUGCUGAACGUCUUAAUCGUGUCAAACAAGUACAACGCAAUCGUCUGGCUAGAGCUUCCGAAAGUGACCGUCACACUACGACUUCAAAACCCAAGCACUUGUUCAGUGGUAAACGUGGUAUGGGUAAGACUGAUAGAAGGUAA